AUGCCUUCUUUGAGGUUGCCGGAUCUCAGAAUGACCUCAAUGUCCUUGGUCAAUCUCCGGUGUUCGACAAGCAAUACCGUAUACUUUGGUGCGUACUACCUUACCGACGGAAUUGAUCCUAGGUGGACGACAUUCGUGAAAAUAAUUCCGAAUACCCAAUCCGAGAAGGAAAAAAGCUUUGCUGCUUUUCAAGAAGGUUACAAGAAAGACGUGGAAAGGUGUUUCGAUAUCUUGCAAGCUCAUUGGGCAAUUAUUAGGGGUGCUGCUCGGAUGCUUGAUGAGGAGGUGCUGCGGAGCAUUAUGAUGACUUGCAUCAUCCUCCACAACAUGAUUGUGGAGGAUGAGUAUGAUUAUGAUGCUCCAGAGGUGUUUGAACCUGAUCCCAUGAACACGACGUUGACAAGAAUAUAUGAAAGGCCGAUGGGACCAAAUGGACAACCAAUGGAGCCCGAACCGUUAAUUCGGGAUGGUCGAUACAACAACCCCAUGAUUGAUCGUUAUCAAGAAAUGCAAUAUUCAUAUGUUCAUGAGAGACGUCAAGUUGACUUGAUAGAGCACUUGUGGGAGAUGAAAGGCAAUCACAGUGGAUGA